CACGGAGUUCAGGCAGACUAAUGAUGUUUGAUUAGCAUAAUUAUGCGCAAAGAUAAUCAAGUGCUAGCGGGGGUGGUUUCACUAUUGAUGUCGUCAGCACUCGCGAGCUGUUGAAGAGAGAUCCGCAUAUCAAAUUUUAUUUGUGGUCUCACAUUUCUCCAACUGCCGCUCCAAGAGCGGGAAACAUGAACUCCAGUAACAACACCCUCGAAUAUCCCUAAACACUAUGACGGAUACAGCGAGUCUUGGGAUCGUCCUGGGCGCCGUUUUAGGGUUCCUGUUUGGCGCCGUGGCCGUCUGCGUUUCAUUUCUCUGCUACAGAAGGCAUGCGAAGGGUAGUUAUGACACGCAUGAUGUCGAUGGUCGCAGGCGAACGAUUGAAUAUUACAGUGGUACGCCGCAAGGCUACCUCCCACCAGCGCACACCAGACCCUACCCUGUACAACCGAAUAUUUACAGAUUGACAAAGAAAUCCGAAGAAGAGGCUACUGAAUGUGAAGACGGAUCCCGCGAGGACGAUGGAGAGCGCGUACGGAUCACUGACCCGUAUGACUCGUCGGUGGUAGAAGAAUUAGCCGAAGGGGAAACUGAUAGAGAUACCAUCGCUGAUCUCGACACAAGUACUCCUACUAAAGCGAAAAAGCCUAAGAAACCACUGUUAAAACAAUUCAGUCUCCCGGCUAAGAUCGGUCAACUUUCCGAAGAUCUUGUUCAUCACAGCCCGGAGAAAUUUAUCCGAGAUAAACAAACAGAGAUGCAAGAAUGCGUGCUUGAAAUCUCUCUGUUCUACGAUACUGCGAGCAAAGAGCUGCACAUUACGGUGAUCAAUGUGUCCGGGAUUCCAACUUCUGAUGAAACUUUCCUUCGACCCCCAAACUGCAGUGUAAAGAUGCGGAUUUUGCCCGAGAUGCUGCACUGGCAGUGGACAAGGAAAGUGUCGAGAACAUUGAAUCCUGUGUUCAACGAGACCUUUAUUGUUCCCGGGUUUGUGCAUAAUAAGUUGCGGGAGUGUACUGCCCACUUCGUUGUGCUGGAUUUCGACCACAUCCAAGACAACGUGUACGUUAUUGGCGAAGUUUUCAUGCCUUUGUCUGAACUCAGAGCUAACAGACUCGAGAAAAUAGUCAAGCGAGUCAAUCCUCUGUCCUUCUAAAAAUAAUCCGAAGACUUGGCGAAUAAUGAGGCGAUUUUGUGGGGGGCUGUUAGCCUUAUCCGCGGUCACUCCACUCUCUUCAAUAUAAGAGCACAACAGGAAAAAGUAAAACAACAGCUUGAAACUAAUUGUAUUUUCCAACUCCGACGUUAUGAUAUAAUGUUAUUUAGUCAAACAACAUUCUAAAAUAAGUUUCUGGAAAAUGAAUCUUAAAACUCAUCCCAGCGGUUGUUAAAGAAGACACCAGGGGAAAUAUAUUUUGUGGAUUUGUUUGGAUAAAGGGCAAAUCACGGAGAAAUAUAAAACCAAUGAUUGUUAGUGGACAAUAGCACUUCUGGGAUAUAAAUACAAUUUACUAUUUACAUA